UUUGCUUUUCCUGCAAUGUCCCCAACCAUGGACAUUGGUGGGUUAGUCGACUGGAAAGUCAAGGAGGGUCAAGCUUAUCAAUCUGGCCAGGUCUUGUUAGAGGUUGAAACCGACAAAGCUCAAAUUGAUGUUGAGGCUCAGGAUGAUGGUAUAUUGGCCAAAAUUUUGGUUCCUGCUGGCACAAAGGAUAUUCCUGUUGGUAAAACUAUAGCUUGGAUAGCUGAACCUGAUGACGAUUUAUCAACUUUGAAAAUUCCCGAAUCUGAACCUGGACCUGAAUCUGCCUCUAAAGCUCUGACUAAGUCAAAUCAAAAAGCCUCAAGUUCCGCUGAUAAAUCCGAAAAAAUGGAUUCAAAAUCAACUUCAGAAACCCCAAAUCAAUCAAUUGAUUCCAACUCAAUUUCAACUUCCAAUACUGCAAAUUCAAAUCAAACUUUUUUCCCAUCAGUUUCAAAUUUAUUGUCCGAAAAUAACAUUUCUCGUGAUGAUGCCCUAGCAAAAAUUAAAGCAUCGGGCCCCAAUGGUAGGAUCUUGAAAGGUGAUGUUUUAGUUUAUUUAGGAAAAGCUUCAAAGGAUUCCUUAAAUAAACUUAAUGAAUAUAUUCACAAGCAUGAUCAUCUCGAUCUAUCAAACAUUGUUGCUACUCCAAUUAAAUUAACAUCCGCUGAUUCCAAAGAUUCUCAAUCGACUGCUCCAGCUCCAGUCAGUAAACCAAAGCCACAACCGAUCAUAUUAUCUCAAACUUAUAACUUAUCAACACUAAUUGAAUUACAAAAGCAAUCCAUUGGUAAAGUUAAACCCUUUACAAUCUCCGAAUAUAUCAAUGAAGCUUCCAAAAAAUCUGAAUCAUUAGCUUACCAAAAACAUGCAAUCAAUUCCGAUUAUUACGACGAACUAUUCGAAGACUUGGUAACACCUUCAAAUAUUGAAAGAUUUCAAAUAAAAAAUUUGAAAAUUAAUUACUCUGCCAUUUCAAAUUCAAAUUCAACCUCAAAACCCUCAAUUUUUGAUUUAUUAACUCAAAAUUCAAACUCUUCAAACUAUUCAGCUCAACCAACAGUUGAGGUAGAACUUUUACUAAAUGAUAAAGUUGGUGAUGCUAAAGAAAAAGCAAAUAUUUAUUUGCAAAAAUUGGGUGAAUUUUUACAACCCGAAUUAUGA